AUGGCCGACACCUACCCUUUAGUGAUCGUCCUGGUCAUAGGUAUAAUCACAGUGCUCUAUAUGAGCAAGAAGAGAAGCCAUGGCGAUAAACCAGAAAAAAAACCACUCCUUAAACUUCCCCUCAUCGGUGAUCUUCAUAGCUCGCCUAUCGGAAAGCCCCUUGAAAACUGGGACGCCUGGGCGAAAGAAAAUGGCCCGAUUGCAGUCCCUAGGCUAUUUGGAAUCAUCCCUAUCGUCGUUCUGAAUUCGCUCGAGGCUGUGACGGAGCUGUUCAGUCGUCGCAGCCAAUGGUACAGUAACCGACCGGCUUCAGUGAGCAUGGAGAUGAUUACAGAUGCCAAAUCAGGACAAUCCAGGUUCACCCUGAUGCACGACUAUGAUGAUAAUCUCAAAUUGCACCAUCGAAUUCUCUCCCCAAGUCUGGGUGCCCCUGCUGCUCCAAGCUACCAGCCUUUGAUGGAGCUCGAAUCCAAGCAAUUGCUAUUCGAUCUCUGCAACCUUGCAAGAAAAUCCCCCGAAGGCAUCAGCACUGGAACAGUAUACCCGCUUCUGGAGCGGACCCAAUCCAGCAUAAUUCUGGCCCUGCAUUAUGGAAUCCGUAUCUCGAAUCCCGAGGUGAAGAUCCUACACGAAGUCAUCAAUGUUCAAACCCAAGUCACCCAUCUUGCCGCCAACCCAGCUCUCCCAGACAUAAUCCCGCCACUCCGAAACCUACCCGCAAUCAUAUCGCCCUGGAAGCGCUCAGCCGACAGGCUCUACGCCACACAAGUAGACCUGUACAUGCGUCUCCUGGAUCAAGGCAAAGCGUCGGCGGGCUGGAACGCGACAAAACAAGCAAUCGCCACAGCGAAAAAGUAUUCCGAAGACGGGAUCCAAGACCUGGAUCUUGCAUUUACGCUCGCGACAUCCAUCCAAGGCGGCAUGGAGACAUCACCACGCCAGCUGCUGUGGCUUUUUGUCGCUGCAUUGCACAGCCCGGCUUUUCUGAUAAAGGCGCAUGCUGUUCUUGAUGAAGUUGUCGGGCGCGAGCGACUUCCUCUCUUCUCCGAUCGGGCGGAUCUCGCCUUUAUUGAUGCUGUCGCGUGCGAGCUUUUUCGAUGGAGGCCCAUUUCGCCGGGCUCCAUCCCGCGUCGGGCUGAUAAGGAGGACGAUUACAAUGGCGUGAAGAUUAAGAGGGGUUGGACUGUCAUGGCGAACGCGUGGGCUAUUGGCCGCGAUGAAAAAGUCUUCGAUCCUGUCCUGGGCAACACACAGGACUUUGUGCCGGAGAGAUGGCUGCGACGAGAUGAGAGCAGAAAUGAGAGGCUACGGACAGAUCUUCCAUUGCCAGUUUUUGGGCAAGGUCGCCGUAUUUGUCAAGGGAAGAGGGUUGCGAUGGAUGGGACCUUUAUGCAGAUUGCUUCUUUGUUGUGGGCAUUUGAGGUCGAGGUUGUUGAGGGAGAAGUGGUGGAUCCGUGGGCGAUGGAUGUUGCGGGUUUCAUGACGAUGCCGAGGGAGGUCAAGUUCAAGCUCAAGCCGCGGGGUGAUUGGGUUGUGGAUGUCAUAAAAAGAGAGUGGGAGUCGGCUGAGAAAAGUUUAGGGAAAGUAAUGGGUGCAGUAAAUGAUGUUGAGAAAUGA